AUGGUGGAUUACGGCUGCACAUCCAUGGUGGGCUGGACGGAUGAAACUCUUGCCUUCCUCCGGGCAGCACCACGCCUCCUGGUGACAAGCCUGCACGUGGAGCUGCUGCAGCCAGCGUUCUCCUGGAUCCCAGAGAAAUCGGCCACUAGCCUCAAUGUGAGGUUCGACGCCAGGACGAUGAAUUUAACCUGGGACUGCCAAGCAAACACAACCUUCAGCAGGUGUUUCUUAAUUGACAAGAAGAACAGAGUCAGUGGGAACCUAGGUAAGACCAAUUUCCCAUGCUCAACCCUCGGUUCCACCGCAUUUUGUGCCCGAGAAAUCCUGGUCACUAACAAAGAAUGUUCGUGCAAUUUGGUGAAGUUUGUUCUCAUGGAGGGCUCAUGCUUCGAGGUUCACGUGAACACCAGCCAGAGAGCCUUGCAACAAAAACUGCUCUAUCCAAACUCGGGAAGGGAGGGCACCGCGGCCCAGAAUUUCUCCCUGCUUCAUCUACAAUGUGGAUUUAUGAACUGCACCUGGGCUUAGGGCCCCGGCCCCCGUGACGUCCAGUAUUUUCUACAUACAAAACUCCAAUUUGUCUGUCUCUUUAGCGCUGUUCUAUUCUUCUUUAUUCUUUGUCUUGGUGCUCUGGGUGUCUCCUUUCGAGAAGGAGGAGAUCCAGUGUCUUAUUACAUAGAAGACUCAGGAACCCACGGAUGUCACCUAGGUAACCUGUCAGGAUUAACAUCCAAUUAUUUCCCGGGUUAAUGAACCAGCCAAGAAAUCGGCAUCCAAUUCUUCGAUUCACUUUUGGACACAAAGAAAAUAGAAAACGACAACCCGCCCAGUAACGCCACUGUACGCUGCAACCGCACUGCCUCAUACGGUGGAAAACAGCCCAGGACCUAUCAGAAGCUGUCGACUGGACUUUCAGUACCAGCUGACGUCCACAGAAAGAUCAAUGUUUCUGGUGAUCUGGAAAAUAGAUACAACUUUCCAAGCUCUGAACCCAGAGCAAAACAUGCUGUGAAGAUCAGAGCUGCAGACGUCCGCAUCCUGAACUGGAGUUCCUGGAGUGAAGCCGCUGAAUUUGGCUCCGACGAUCGAAACCCCAGCUCUGUGCACAUCGUGCUCCUGAUCCUGGGGACCCUUGUCUGUGUCCUCUUCAGCUUCCUCUUUAGGAGGUUCUUUAGGAUACAGCGACUGUUCCCGCCAGUCCCACAGAUCAAAGACAAACUGAAUGAUAACCAGGAAGUGGAGGAGCAGAGAUUAUCUGGGGAGGAAUUCACCGCAGAGGAAGGUAAGUUACGUGAAGAGGUGUUGACCGUGAAAAUUACCUGA